CGCCUGACGUACGACAGUCUCUGACCUGAUUAUAGACUUCGUGAAUCGAAACAUGUAGACCGACAGAUUUUAGGUCUGGAGAACAAGUUUUUAGUCCCUUUGUGUGGAAAUAAUCGGAGGAGAGAUGGUAUGAUCGAGCGCUCGUCUCCAGACCUCUCUCCAAACAGGCUACAGACAUUCACUGAAGAGUUUGAUGGAGAUCCGGUCGGAUGACAGCGGGAACUGUGGUUAUAACCGGAGGAAUUCUCGCCACGGUGAUUCUCCUGUGUAUUAUUGUCGUGCUCUGUUACUGUCGACUUCAGUAUUAUUGCUGUAAGAAGAAUGGAUCCGAUCCAGAUGCUGUUUGUCCACAACCCCAGUUUGCCUGCAACGCAUGCAGCACAUCCAGGAUGGACGGGGCCGCUUCCACCCCUCUCUCCCUGUCACCGGAGCUCACGCCCCCGCAGAGCUUCUGCCCCACCUGCUCCCCAUACAGCUCUCCAUUCUACAUCAGCACCGGAGGCGAAACACGGAACGGGAUCGAACGCAUUGCUUACAUGCCAUCCCACCAUGACGGCACGUCCCUGUCUCUCACCCUUCCCUCUCUGCACAGCCGGCCGGACCUCUACUCCAACACACGUGCCAUAAGCACUGAUGUCUGAUCAGUGACGUCCUCCGAAAACACCCUUACAAACCAGAGCGAAUGGGGACCAAAGGACAGCCAGUACUCAGUUUUUACAUUUUAUUUGUCUAGCAGUAAACUGAAGUCAAUAAUCCUAUAUAAUGUUUUAUAGAAACUGAUACAAAUUUGUUCUUCCUGAAUUUAUUUGACUCUUAAUUAACACUGAAAAAUUGUAUUAAUCUGUAUUUUUGCCUUGUUUGUAAAUCUAAGCAUAUUUAAAACAAGGUAAACGCACUUGAGAAGCAAAGUUGUGCAAGAUAAGGCUUGUUUUUCAUCUUGAAUUAGUUUUUUAUGUUUAAUGUUUUCCCCUUAUUUUAGUAGACUUCACUGAACUAAAAGUUAGAUUUGUGCUAAAACAACUGCCAUUUUCAAAACCAGUGGGCAACAAUAAAAAUGAAAUAAACAAAAAACAAAUAAACAAUUAUUUAAAUAACAAAUAAUAAAUUAAAUAGUAAUAAUUAACUAUUCUAUGAAGAUAGGCUUACACUGUUUCGAAAGGUGUUUAAAUGUUUUUAUGGAAAACAAAACAAAAAUACAGAGUGAAGGGCUAAAACAAGAAAAAACAAUCUGCUGGUUUUCAAAAACAAUUAAUAAAAAUAAAUAAAAAAAUAAAAUAGAACAAAAGCAACAAUAAAAUAACAAACAUUAAAUACAAUAAAUAUUCUUUGAAGUUUUAACAUCUUAUGCUAUACCUUAAAAGGUGUUGUCAGUGUUUUUAAUGAAAAACAAGACAAAAAUACUGAUUGAGAAAAUUAUUUUGCAGUGGAGGGUAAGGGCUCCUAGUUUUCUAAGUGGCCUUCAAAAACUGUCUGGGCCUUUCUGAUAUUUUAACAUGUGGGCUUCCUGUAAUGGGCUAAUGUAUGAGGGCUAUCCUAAACAAAUCCUAAAUAAAUU